AUGGAGAAAGAACACGAAGAAACUGCAGAUUUUGACUAUAUAUCUGACCAAGUGUUACUUGAUCUCUCCCGACAAGAGAUGAACGAACUCGUGAAGGGGAGAAGUGACGAAAAAGAUUUAAGGAAGCGACGUACAGCGCUAAAGAGAAAACUAUCGAGCAUCAGAACCAGAUCUGAGCAAAGAGAAGCUAUGUGGCUUAAGAGGCAACGAGAUGAGAAAACUGAAAGAACCGCAGCCUUAAAACCCAGAGAUUGGAUUAAAGUUUCUGUAAAGCAUAGGGAGAAGUUUGAACGGCUUUUAGAACUGUGGGAAAGUGACCCGGAGUUGAUAACAAUAAUAAAUGAUAAUGGCGUAUGUUUCAAAGAAGAGUUCGCAAUAGGCAGUGGCAGUAAUGGCACAGAGGUGUAUAUUUGCUUGGGAUCUGACGGAAUAGAACGAGCGAUAAAACGUUUGCCAAAACAACUGUGUAAGAAAUUCUUGAAGAAUGAACGAGAUAUCUUGAAUUCUCCGAAUGCAGUCAAGUCGCCACGAAUUGUAAAUUAUUGUUUCUACGAUGACACUUCCAACCCUGAUUUCGGUUAUUUGAUUCUGAACUUGUAUGAACAGAAUCUUGAAGAAUAUAUCAGGGAGGAAGGCGAAACGAUAACAGAAUCGCGUGCUAGAAAGAUGAUACAUCAAGUGUUGUUAGGGCUGAAAGCAUUACAUGCUAGAGAGCCCAGAAUUAUCCACAGAGAUUUGAAGCCAACCAAUAUACUUGUUGAUGUGGAUGGUAAUUUACUGCUGUCUGAUUUUGGUAUUGGACGCUUUUUCCCAGAACCAG